GACAAAUUACAACUCAACAAAAUUUAACAUUUAACCUCAAAUUAUAAAGGUAAACAAUGGGCUCUGAACAAUCUAAUCAAUCUGGAGGCCAAAAUGCUCAAAGACAAAGCAGUUUUAACAAAGAAACAGCUAAACCACCUAAUGUUCGACGUCAACACACUAUUGCCAAUCCUGGAGGAAGCGAAUUUACUUCAGAAAAUAUUGAUAUUAGACCAGGAUCUAUAUCUCCAGGACCUAGUGUUUGCAGUGAUGUAGAUUUACCUUAUAUCAGUUAUACUGUUAAUAGACCAAUUGGAGACUCCCCGAAAUUAACGAACAAACAACUUGUUAAAAAAUCGUCGACCAGACGAAUGCAAACACCGAAAUUAUCGAAAAACAAAUCAGCUCAUAACAUAGUCGUCGUUCGCGGGGCUACUCCGACCUCUGCAGCAACCGAAAAAGACCCAGAAAUUUUGAGAUUGCAAAGUAUUCCAAUGUUUUUACCGAUUAUGAGAGCUACUCUAAAUUUACCUGCAGCUAGAGACCCUGAAGUACUUGAAAGACUGGAUCCAACGCCUAUUAGAAAUCUUUGUUUGAGGUAUCAGCACCAUUUGACUGCAGCUGCAAACCUUGUGGCUACUGAACAGAACCAAAUCACCCAUAAAAUUAGAGAGGUAGAUGUAGAAAUAUCUAAAGCUGUAGCUCUAGUCACUGAAAAACAGCGCAAAUUUCAGAAGUAUUCUGAAAAAUUAUUGCAAGUUACUCAGCUAUCACACCAGCUGAACCGUUGCCACAGUAUGUUGAAUUUAACUCUAGAGUCUAUGGAAACUUUGAAUAAUUAUUUGGAUGUUGAGGACAGGUUGGAACCCUUUGUUUGGACAACAGGAUGAGAAUCAAUGAGCGAUUCUUCUGGCUGUGAUGAAGAAUUUAAUUCAAAUGAGAGUCAAUGUUAAUGUUUUUUUUAUAUAUAUAAAAGAUCUCUAGUUGCAUACUAUAUUUGGAACACAGACUGGUAGUGUUGGCGUAGAACGCUGGGUAGAAAUAUGUUAAAUGUACAAAGUUUAUUUUAAAAUUGUAAUGUCUAAAAUUUACUAUUUGAUCACUCUGUAAAUUACGCUUAAA